AUGGCUGUGUCUGCCACCGACCGUGCUCUCGUCCAGAAACGCGAGCUCCCACUUAACAUCUCCAAAGAACUCUGCGCGGGCCGAACCUAUAUUGUCACUGGUGCCAAUGUUGGUCUUGGACUUGAGGCUGCACGUCAUCUAGUAGGCAUAGGAGCAGCAAAAGUCAUUCUCGCAGUACGCAACCUCGAGGCUGGUGACGCUGCCAAGAAGGACAUUGAGGCCUCGACGGGAAUCGAGGGCGUUGCUGAGGUCUGGCAUCUGGACCUCUCCAGCUACGCAUCCGUCCGGGCAUUUGCAUCCAAAGCAGUUGACAUACUUGAGCGUAUCGAUGCCGUUAUUGAGAAUGCAGCCGUUGCAGGAUCGGGCGGGAAACCGGAGGGCCAUCAAUUGACAUUGACCGUCAAUGUUAUAAGCACUUUCCUUUUGGCCAUUCUUCUGCUUCCAAAAUUGCGCUCCGACUCAGCCAGAUAUGGAUAUUCCCCUCGCCUCAGCAUUGUCUCUAGCGGUACAGGCCUUGACCUAGGGGAUUACUGGUCCAAGAUUGCCAGUGAUCCCAUUGUGAACAUGGACGCAGACGACGAAUUAGGCAUGAAGAGUUACCCGGCAUCGAAGAUGAUGGAAAUCCUUGCUGUCCGCGAGAUCGCGAGAUUACUUCCAGUGGCUCGUGGUGGGGUCAUUAUCAACCUCAUCAACCCCGGAUUAUGCGAAACAUCACUCUCACGGAACGCACCAGAAGAUUUCAAGGCUUCUCUAAAUAAGAUGUUGGAGCAGUGUGGUCGAACCGCAGAGUGUGGUAGUCGCACCCUUCUUGCAGGAGCAGUUGCGGGCGAGGACAGUCAUGGUUCCUAUAUGGACGACUGUGUUCCAGCUGACGACAUGAUACCAGAUUGGAUGGACGCCACUGCGAACAAGCAGGGUUGGGACAGCAUUGCCAAAGAGCUCGAGAAAAUCGAACCAGGUUGUGUCUCAAGAGCCCUAGAAUAA